UUACAUUUUGUUUUACCUCUAGUGUAGUUCUACUUCCUGAUUUAACAAAGUUUGUGUAGAUCUAGAUCUACGUAAAGUAAAACUUCAAAAUUAAGUGGUAUGGCGAAUAGGUUACCAGCCGUUGUCAUAGACAAUGGCACAGGCUACACAAAGAUGGGGUAUGCUGGGAACACAGAACCUCAGUUCAUUAUCCCAUCAGCCAUUGCCAUCAAAGAGUCAGCCAGUGUUGGUGACCAAUCACAGAAAAGGUUAGGCAAGGGUGUGGAGGAUCUUGAUUUCUUUAUUGGGGAUGAAGCUAUCAACCAACCUUCAUAUGCUACUAAGUGGCCCAUUAGGCAUGGUAUAAUUGAAGACUGGGACCUAAUGGAGAGGUUCUAUGAACAAGCUAUUUUUAAAUACCUCAGGGCAGAGCCCGAAGACCAUUACUUUCUUUUAACAGAGCCGCCUCUGAAUACUCCAGAGAAUCGAGAAUACACUGCUGAAAUAAUGUUUGAGUCUUUCAACAUUCCAGGUCUCUACAUAGCUGUACAGGCUGUCUUAGCACUUGCAGCUUCAUGGACAUCAAGACAGGUUGGUGACCGUACCUUAACAGGAACAGUUAUUGACUCCGGUGAUGGUGUCACCCACGUCAUCCCAGUUGCUGAAGGCUAUGUGAUUGGCAGCUGUAUCAAACAUAUCCCAAUUGCUGGCAGAGACAUCACCUACUUCAUCCAGCAGCUGCUCAGAGAGAGGGAGGUUGGGAUCCCACCAGAGCAGUCCUUGGAGACAGCCAAAGCUAUCAAGGAACGUUACAGCUAUGUGUGCCCAGAUAUUGCAAAAGAGUUUGCUAAAUAUGACGCAGACCCUGCCAAGUGGAUGAAAAAGUUUGAAGGUGUCAACGCAGUCACUAAAAACCCCUUCUCAGUGGAUGUAGGUUAUGAGAGGUUCUUGGGGCCUGAGAUCUUCUUCCACCCAGAGUUCUGCAAUCCAGAUUUUGAGCUUCCCAUUUCCGAAGUAGUUGAUGAUGUUGUCCAGAAUUGCCCCAUUGAUGUCAGGAGAGGGCUGUACAAGAACAUUGUACUCUCUGGUGGGUCAACCAUGUUCCGAGACUUUGGACGUAAGAUCCAGCGUGAUGUAAAGCGUAUUGUGGAUGCCCGUCUGAAAGUUAGUGAAGAUCUCAGCGCAGGACGCAUCAAGCCCAAGCCUAUUGAUGUCAACGUCAUAACCCACCAUAUGCAAAGAUACGCUGUCUGGUUCGGUGGCUCUAUGUUAGCUUCAACACCUGAAUUCUAUCAAGUUUGCCAUACAAAAGCAGAUUACGAUGAGCAUGGCCCAAGCAUAUGUCGCCACAAUCCAGUAUUUGGAAUCAUGGCAUAGGCUUUGUUUUAAAGAAAUGACAGCUGAUCUUCUUAGCUCUGUAUGGACAACCCAAUUGUGUAAAUUAUAUGCUGGCUCGUGUGGAUGUUAUCAUGUAAUGUGUGUAUGACUUGAUUUGUUGCUCUAGGGAACAGCUAUGAGCUUUGCCUUUGUUUCUUAUUACACAUGGUUACACUUAACUUGUUAUUUUAUUUAAUGUAAGCUGCUUUAGAACUCAAGUUUUACUCAUUGUGAAAGCAAUACAAUGAUAGUGCGCAAGUAGUAAACAAGUUAAGGCAGUUCAUUGCCCAAUUAUAUUUCACAAUUUCUGCAGUAAUAUUAAAUAAAGAUGUUGAAUUAAAAAAGUCAGUAUUUUCUUUAUUGAAAGUGAAAUGGGUUGAUACCUAACACGAAGUAGUAAUAAUGAUCAUUUUUAUUACUGCUUUUGUCUCCAAGUUAGACUAACUUCAUUGUCCAAACAAAUAUUGUAUACUUAAUUUAUUCACCUUUUUUUUCUGUUGACUUGUUUACCAAAGCUUGUCUAAAUCUACAAAAAAAACUAAACCCUAUCUAGCCCUCUCCAUAUUUAUGCUAGUAGCUAUAAUUGCCGUAAAAUAUUUGGUAGGUGUAUACAAGCCGUUCUUGAUUGUGCAUUGCCUUAGUAAUUGAAGGGCAUUUAUCAUAUAUGCACGUUUAUAAAGUGUAAUCUUUUCUUUAAAAAUGUUAUAUUAAUAAAAUUCUACCUUAUUAGG